AUGGCUCGCGGACAAAAAAAUCCAAAAAAAACUAUAAAGGGGAAUGGCGUUAAAAAUUAUAUGACGUUUACGAACGACUCACAUCCAGGUCAAUUAGGAUUUCCUGUUGAAGAAAGUUACUUGAAAGGGUAUCUUACUUACAAAGUUAAACAACGCAAGGUGAAAGCUUCUACCUUGAAAUAUUACAUAUCGAAGAUUAAAGCUCAUAAUAAAACUUGUGGAUAUGGUUGGAAUCGCUCUACCUUUGAUCCUAUUAUAAAAGAUGCGUUGGAUUCAUUGAAGCGAGUAGACAGCUCAGGUUCUCCUAACUUAGACAUACAAAAAAGUGCCGCACCGAAUGACAAAAUUUCUUAUAAUUCGAAUGAUGGACGUCAAUAUCUCUCACUUGGAUUUAAUCCUCCAAAUUUCCUUUCUCUUCCUACUGGUAUUAAUUCGAUUAUACCAAAUCACAACUCUCCUUAUACUUUAAGCUCCAUUGAUCUCCAACCUGAUACUAGCGUUAAUUUGCACAUACAAUCUAAUCAGUUCAAUACUGACACUAGUGCACAAUAUAUUAUACCAAAUAAUAAAUCUAAUUAUAGUCUAAGCUCUUUAGAUACCCAACCUAACACUAGUGUUAAUUUGUCUAAUCAAUCUGAUACACAACAUAUUAUACCAAGUAACAACUCUAAUUAUAAUUUAAGCUCAUUUGGUAUCCAACCAGACAUUAAUACUAAUUUGUACUUACAAUCUAAUCAAUUUGAUAUGCUACAUAUACCAAAUAACAAUUCUAAUCAUAAUCUAAGUUUUCUUGAUAUCCAACCUAAUACUA